AUGAGGCACAGGGAACUGCAGGACAAGGAUAUCAACAUCACUGAUACAGAAGGCAAAGGCAAGGUGCUGUGGGACACUAUUAGCGCUGGGGGAGAUAAGACAAAGGAGGCAAGCAAAUAUGCAACGCACUGGAGGGUAGUUCGAGAUGUGCUGCAAGCAAUGAGGGCGGAACGGCAGGCAGCCGCUGCUGUCUGCGCGGUGGUGAUCCCUUCUGAUGCCUCCAUGUCAGCCGCAUCAGUCUAUCCCACUGCACCUUUGCCUAUAUCCAGCCAGGUCACUGGUGCCGAAAGUAUCCCCCUGCCUGUUACUCCACGAGAAACAGAGGAAUUAGGGGGGGCUGCUUGUCGCCCGAUCGACUCGGAGCUGGCAGACUCGGAGGUGAUUAAUGUGGAUAGACAGAUUGUAGAAGGGAAGGAACCAUCAUCAUCAAGUAGUACGGUGGAAGAGCUCCUAAGAGAGGUGGUGAGCCAGUUACAAGAACUGACAGUACGAUCAAAAGAACCAGAAGUGAGGAGAUGUUUAUCCUCCCAGCCGGAAGGGCCCUCUAGAAAGGGUGAGCCGAGAAGGCAAGAGAGCGAAGAUUUUGGCCGUAUGCCGGUCUCACUGUCCUUACCACCACCGCACUUUAAUCCAUCCCGCCUCUUGGAACCGAAGACAGUGGAACCAUCCGUGCCCACGAUAGAUGCGGAGCCGCCUGCAACAGCCGCUGCAGACGAGAGAGAGAGACAUCGGAGGGGAGUAAUAAAAAAUGCCCUUGUGGAAGGGACUAUGAUUCAAGCAUUCCCAGUUGUUAUACAGAAUAACGGACUGAAAAGAUGGGAGGCGUUUGACUGGAAAGUCCUUGAGAAAUUAAAGACUGCUGUGAGUCAACAUGGAAUCAAAUCUAUGUUAGCCCAACAAUUGCUACAAUUCAUCUUUUCUGCUGAUACGCUGAUCCCUCAAGAUAUUAUGCAAAUAGUGCGAUUGGUUUUGGAACCCUCACAAAUGUUAGUAUUUUUGCGACAUUGGGAAGCGCUCUGUGAUCGGGAACAGGCAACUCCACGACAGCCAACAGAUUCCUUAUGGGGAGUAACCACGCAGAUGUUGAUGGGUACUGGACCCUUCGCAGCAGAGAACGCCCAGGUGCAAUGUAUCACCGAGGUUCAUCAUUUAUCACAGAAUUUGGCGUAUCAAGCCCUUAUUACCUUACCAGAUAAGAUGCGAACCCAUGUUUUUACUCAGGUGAAACAAGGGCCUAAUGAACCUUUCUCACAAUUUAUUGAUAGACUGCAUAAGGCAAUUUUUGAUCAUCCUGACAUGGACGACACCAUGAAAGAGAAAGUAUUCAAAAUGAUUGCUUUUGAUAAUGCUAAUGAGAAGACAUGCCAAGCAUUGGGUAAUUUGCCAAAAACUGCGGAGGUCACUGACAUGAUAGAAUACAUGAAUCGAUCAGUGGAUUCGCAGAAAGCAGCUUAUGUUGCCGCAGCUGUACAAGGAGCUAUAAAGCCAUUUCUCGAUAAAGCCAGUAAGAAACCCUUGGUCAAGUGUUUUAAUUGUGGCAAACUUGGACACAUCAGGAGCCAAUGUAAAGCUUCUGCUAGUAAAAGGUGGUGCAACGGUUGUAAGAAAGAUAAACACACCACCCAAGAACGUAGAAAGAAGGGAAACUUUACACCGAGCGCGAAGGCCCAGAGCGCGACGACACAAAUGCAAGGGGCUUGGGCUGCCAGCCCUCAGGCAGCCUCACAACUGCCAGAUCCACCACUGCAGGAAGCUCCAGAGUGGACGUGGAAACCGCAGUAGACAUUCAACAUAGAAGGACCAUUAGGGUUUGGGCUUAGUGCAUUUUUAAUAGGAUGAUCUGCAACGGCUCUAAAAGGAAUUCUGGUAGUCCCAGGACUUAUUGAUGCAGAUUAUUGUGGGACUGUGAAAAUUAUGAUCCACGUUUUAAUCCCUCCUGUUUCUAUUCCUAAAGGUACCAGAAUAGCACAAUUAGUUCCAUUCAGGUCGUGUGUUCCGAACCCAGUUGAAGUACAAUGUGGAGAUGGUGGAUUCAGCUCCACCAGGGAACCGCAAGUAUAUUUUGCCAUGGACAUAACAAAAGGUAAACCAGAAAAAGUAGUGCAAUUGGAAGGGCCUGACGGAGUUGUCGUCAAGAAACCGAUGACAAUCGAUACAGGAGCUGUCGUUACAAUUAUUUCACGAUAUAUUUGGCCUCCAUCAUGGCCAUUGAUCAAUCCAAAUUUUGGUAUUGCAGGGACAGGGGGCACACAAACCACCUUAGUAAGUCAGCUACCGAUUACAUUUAUGUUCCCUGACGGUACGCAUGUUACAACACGGCCGUAUGUCAUGACUACCCCAAAGGAAUUGUUUGGCCUCAUAGGCCGUGACUUACUGAGCCAAAUGAAAGCAACAUUAAUGACCCAUCCUUUUUGGGAGCGGUCACUGAGGGGCA